AUGUGGUCUUCAAAACAGGCGACAGACAAUGCUAGAAGAGAACAGACACCCAACGAAACAGACAAUGUUAGAAGAGAACAGACACCCAACGAGAAAGACAAUGCUAGAAGAGAACUGACAACCAACGAGACAGACAGUGCUAGAAGAGAACAUACACCCAACGAGACAGAUAACGAUAUAAGGGAACAGCGAACAGACACACAACGAGACAGACAACACCUUAAGGGAACAAAACGCAACGAGGCAAACAACACCACAAGAGAACAGACUCGCAACGAGACAAACAACGCCACAAGAGAACAGACUCGCAACGAGACAAACACCGCCACAAGAGCACAGACACACAACGAGAAAACCAUCGCCACAAGAGAACAGACUCGCAACGAGACAAACACCGCCACAAGAGAACAGACACACAACGAGAAAACCAACGCCACAAGAGAACAUACUCGCAACGAGACAAAGACCGCCACAAGAGAACAGACACACAACGAGAAAACCAACGCCACAAGAGAACAUACUCGCAACGAGACAAACACCGCCACAAGAGAACAGACACACAACGAGAAAACCAACGCCACAAGAGAACAGACUCGCAACGAGACAAACACCGCCACAAGAGAACAGACACACAACGAGAAAACCAACGCCACAAGAGAACAUACUCGCAACGAGACAAACACCGCCACAAGAGAACAGACACACAACGAGAAAACCAACGCCACAAGAGAACAUACUCGCAACGAGACAAACACCGCCACAAGAGAACAGACUCGCAACGAGACAAACAACGCAACAAGAGAACAGACUCGCAACGAGACAAACACCGCCACAAGAGAACAGACACACAACGAGAAAACCAACGCCACAAGAGAACAGACUCGCAACGAGACAAACAACGCAACAAGAGAACAGACUCGCAACGAGACAAACACCGCCACAAGAGAACAGACAUACAACGAGAAAAACAACGCCAGAAGAGAACAGACACACAACGAGACAUACAACGCCACAUGA